UUCUUGAAACAGGUUGAGCUGAUCUUCAACAUUCAGUCUAUCACAUACAACACAUCUGGGGCGUAUUAUAAAUGUUCACUGAAUCAUAGGAUCUGCUCUUUGAAUUUGUUCUUAGAAAGGACCAAUGUUGCAAUUCUUACAACUCCAACUCCUGAUCCAGUAAAAUCUUCACUGUGACUUUUUAACAUAUUGCAUGAGAUGCUUUUUUUUUUUCCAAAAAAUUGCCUGUUUCAUUACUAUGAGAUUUAAAUGAAUAUAAAUAUACAAGUAUCUAGCUCACACAACCAUGCACCUAAUUAUUGCCUGAUUGAUUCUUGAUUUUGUUCCAGCGGCAAGGGAACUUUGUGACCAAUACUAGAGUUAUUGUAACGCAGAAUAUAGAAUAUGGCUCUAAUCAUUUUAUGAGAACCCAUUCUUUUAUUGCUGAGACUUAUUAUUCACCAUGGUGAAUUGGAUAUUUUAACUCCAGGAGCAAAGUUCAAUCUGUCAAUUUACUAGUGAAAGAUCAAAUGCAGUGUAUAACUUGUGUGUUGGAAGUGAUUAUUAGAUGUUGUCUCUUUAUUCAGAGUAUGCAGAUUGAUGAAUGGUACGUUAAGCUGACAUAUGGGCCUCGAUGGCUGACUUAUUUUGUUGGAUCAGGUGUGAUGACUAUACUAAUUUUUGUGGGGUUCCAAGUAUUUAGCACCUCACAGAAUUACUCUCAGGAUGGUACUGCUCAUCAAACAAUAAAUACCACAACGGAGAGGAGCCCCCUGCUCUCUAACAAGGAUGAUGAUGAUCGGAGCUUAGGAUCAUCAUAUGAAUCUGUUUCCCACGACGAGGAAGAUAUCAAUGAACCUCCUGAGGCAGGAUCAGACCUGCCCAAGGACAGUGAAAUUGGCAACUUCCAACACCUCUGCACCAUUUGCUGUGAUGUUCACAGAGACUGUUUUUUUCUUCCUUGUGGGCAUUGUGUAGUGUGCUUAGCCUGUGGAACAAGGAUCUUGGAUGAGGCUGGCACAUGUCCAAUCUGCCGGAGGAAGAUAAAGAAAGUAAGGAAAAUCUUUACUAUUUGAGUUCCAUAUAGGAUGAAAAGCAAAGGAAACAAAUCCUACUUACCUAAAAGGUAGAAACUACGCAUUAUCUUGGGAGUAAAAUAUCUAUCGGUCUGAUACUUUUAUUUUUGUCAGAUCAAAUGAAAACUCACAGUGAGUUUAAUCCUAGCAGUCUUUGCCCUCUUGUACGCUGUUAUUAUGAUUCUGCUAGAAGAAUUGUGUAGUUGGAACUUAAACAGCCUUGUCUUAUCUAUUUCUGUGGCUCUACAUUGUGUCAGUUCAAUAGUUAUCAUGCAUCAAUUGUUGCUUCUUGUUCAUUUACCAUCUUUGAAAGCUUGUUGCUCUAAUGGUCGACACACUUCGAAUACAUUCCUAUGAGCUCUGACAUUGUGUUAAACACAUUGCCAUACAUGCCAUUGCCAGAUUUUCUCUAAAAAUUACCACAAUGUUUAAAACAUAAAAGCUGCAAGUGCCCCAUCAUUAGUAGUUAAAUUCCAAAUGUUUAAUUGAUCGAUGGUGUAGUAAAAUCUAAUGUCCAGAUUCUGUUUCCUUUCCGAUAAAGUGAGAAACGCGUGAAAAUAAUGAAGGACUGGAGCAAAGCCGAGCAGAUAAAUUUUAGAAGUACAUUUAAUAGAUUGGAGCGGAAUUUCUUGACUUGGCUUUUUAAACGCAUCACUCUUUUUUAAGUAACUCUUUUCAUCCCUUCAAAAAAAAAAAGGCAUAAAGGAAGGAUUUUUAGACCGCUGCGCCGAUCUCAUCCCUUCUCGCUUCGCGAUUGCUCGAGGCAGCUGGAUCAAGAUGUCGUCCCCCAGCAAGCGCCGCGAGAUGGACCUGAUGAAGCUGUAGAUCUUUUGAACAACGAACGGAUGAUGAAUGACUACAAGGUGGAGAUGGUGAACGAUGGGAUGCAGGAAUUCUUCGUGAAUUUCCACGGCCCCAACGAGAGCCUUUAUCAAGGAGGGAUCUGGAGGGUAAGGGUGGAACUGCCAGAUGCAUAUCCUUACAAAUCUCCAUCCAUUGGAUUUGUCAAUAAGAUAUAUCAUCCUAAUGUGGAUGAAAUGUCUGGUUCAGUUUGUUUGGAUGUAAUCAACCAAACUUGGAGUCCCAUGUUUGAUCUUGUUAAUGCAUUUGAGGUUUUCCUUCCGCAACUUCUUUUAUAUCCAAAUCCUUCAGACCCAUUGAAUGGGGAGGCUGCAGCAUUAAUGAUGCGGGAUCGACCUGCUUAUGAGCAGAAAGUGAAGGAAUACUGUCAGAAAUACGCAAAGCCUGAAGACGUAGAGGCUCCUCAAGGAGACAAAUCAAGUGAUGAAGAGCUGAGUGAAGCUGAAUACGAUUCUAGUGAUGAACCACUGGUCGGGAAACCUGAUUAGCACUGUCUGUUGAUUGUACAUUUUCUCUGGUGAAAUUUUUUUAUAAAACCGAAUCAAUCAACUGCAAGUUUAAUAAACUGGAUCCGGAGUGAAAAAAAAAAUGCAAGCACACCCUUGAAUUUGAUCA